UGAGCUUUAUAACUAUCAUGCUGUUUGAGUUUUCCACAUGAGGGCGGAGGCUGUGACUCUUUUGUCCCUGUAUUGCGCGCGUGUCUGAGUGUGCGCGCGAAUCUCCACAUCAAGUGUGUGCUCGCGGUGAUGCUACCUUGGACAGCUCCAGGCAGCACACACGCACUUGAGCAAGCGGAGAUACUCUCUCUUUAAAACAAUUUCCAACCACAGAGCCAGCUCACCUCCUCCAGUUUAGUUUACUUUGACCUUUUCACUCUAUGCCUACUUUUUUCGGAUAACCCCUCCUUUACAGCCCGGUAUGGAGCAGUAGAGACGCGGACUCCUCUCUCGCCCUCCGGCUGGAGCUGAGGAGAUGCCCGGGACGGGAUGUGUUCCAGCCGCAAGAUCCUGUGGAGCCUGCUCCUGCUGUCCGUGGUGGAGGUCGGCCUGGGUGUAGCGAGCAUCGUCCUGGGAGCCGUGGGCAUCAGCUGGGUCCGCGGAGAGCACAAGACCCAGCAGGGCGACGCGUCCCCGGUGUGGAGCGGACUCUGCUUUCUGGUCUGUGGGAUGUGCGGGAUGCUGUGUGCUCGAAAGAGGACAGGUCUUAUUAUGAUCCUAUUUUCGGCAUGCUGUAUCUGUGGUCUGAUUGGUGGGAUCCUCAACUUCCAGUUUGUCCGGGCUCUGAACAAACGACCAGACUCCAUGCACUCCAUCCAUCUGGCUGCCAUGACGCUGGCCUGUCUGGGGAUCUCUUCCUGUACCUUAUCCACGUGGCUCACCUGUCGCCUGGCCAGCUCUGAGCAGCAGAGGAUGUUCCUGGAGAGGGAGCACUCGCUGCACCACUCGCACGAGAUGACCGAGAAGGAGAUCCUGGACAACUCCAGUAACGGCAUCCCUCAGAUCUCCUACAACGGACACAACCAAGCAUCACCAUGACGACCUAUCACCAAAGACGACACAGAGACGGUUCAUGAAUCGCUCGCUGUGCUCUCAGAUGAAAAAUACUGCAUGUCGUUUUUUCCACACAUCCUGCGGCAUAAGCAGUAACUACAUCUUGACCGCAGGGAGUGAGUCCAGGUCUCUCAACUUGGACGCCUUUUUUCUGCCACCUGUUUAAUAGAAGAACAUUCUGACAACAGGAGGAAGGUGUUUGAGCCUCUGAAUGAUUAUGCAAACACAGGUUCAAACCCCCUUUGAUCAACUCAAACCAAAGCCGGGAUGGAGAGCUGCUGUUAGGGUCAUAAUUCAGGUGACGAACCUCGGCGUUCGGUAUCUGACCUUUAAAGUAACGAGUUUGAAGGAUAGAUUUUAUCCAAUGAGAUGCCCUCAAAGUAAUGAGCACAAACCAAGCAUGCAAGUGAUUCAGUUGAAUAGCCACUGCUAUUUCAGUCUCAAUGUCUUUAUUCUCUCUGUGUCUUGUUAUGGGUUUAUGGAAUGCAGACCUUGAGAUAGCUUACAGUAAACCGUAUGUAUCGUCUGAUUAGGAAUGCUUUGAUAUGAAAUACGGUGAUGCACAGUGUACUGUAUUGUAUAUCCAUGCUUAUAUAUAUAUAUAUAUAUAUCAGGACUCUAGCUGUAACCACAAAUCAAACAUAUUUUUAUAAAUGCUUCUUAUAAAAAGUGAAUUAAAGUAUGACUAAUCUGAGUGAUGGUUUAUCUUGCAUGGAUUAUGUCAGUUUAAUUGAGAUUCAGAUUAAUUUACACACAGACACAAAAAACACA